AUGGCUUCGUGCGGCGGCCGGUUCGAGCAGUUCAUCGAAGAUGGGGAGGAAGACCUCGAGUCGUACGUCGAGCGGAUGGAACACUAUCUUCGAGCAACGAAGGUGAGCGACGACUUGAAAGUCUCGGUCUUCGUAGCGGCCAUCGGGAAGCAAGCGUACCGCACGUUGAAGACGCUGUUAACACCAGUGAAGCCACAAGAAAAGGACUAUGCGCAUCUGGUCGCGGUCCUCAGGGAGCAUUACGCUCCGAAGCCGAUGGUAAUCGCCGAGCGAUUCAGAUUCAACCGGAGGGCCCAGCUCGAGAAGGAAACGGUGGCGACGUACAGGGUUGAGUUAAAAAGGCUCGCGGCCACCUGCGAGUUCGGGCAGUUCCUGGAUGAAGCACUCCGGGACCGUUUUGUCGCGGGGCUAAAGGACCAGGCAGCCCAAGCAGAGCUUCUAAAAAAGAAAACUAACUUUUUCGGCGGCAUGCGACAUUGCCAGAAUGCAUUGAACUCGCACGAGCAGAGACCAAGAUAUUUCAGCCAGCAGCCUCUGAACAACUAG